AUGCGCAGCCUCUCUUUCCUGGCGCGCCUUUUGGCGGCAGCAGCUGCCAACGACCUCACGCGAGGACUGGCAGCGCUCGGCUCAGCCGCUGAGAACUGCGCCACACGGGCGGGCGCCGCAGGACUUGACUUCGCGCGCUGCGUCCAGGACGCAGCGUCAUAUCCCAACUUCCUGCUUCCGCGGCCUCUGUUCGACGAGGCCUUGCGGAACGCCAGCUGUCGGCUGCCGGGUGCUUCCCGGGCCCUCCGUCGCCACACCCUAGAUAUCAGCGCUGGCGGCUCCGACUGCUCGGAGCAAGCCAGGCGCCUGGACGUCGAGGUGUUCCGAGAACAUCCACCUGUCGCCCUGAUCAAGGGCUUCGCCCCGAACGCGACGUGCGCGCGCCUGCUCCUGGUUGCCGGCGGCCUGGACAGCCUGUCACCCGCUGUGGCUCGUGGCGUGGCCGGCGGCUUCUACCGGAGGUCCUCCAGCAAGAAUGUGGCCAACCAUGAGCUGGACGCGCAUCCGGCGCUCCAGUCUCUUCGGGCAGAGAUGUUCUUGGCGGCAAAGCAGCUCACCGGGUACAGCUUGAAUUCUACGUCCCCAGAGCCCUUGAACAUCGCAGCCUACCGAAAUCCAGGUGACGAGUAUCGACCCCAUUGCGAUGGCCGCUGCAGUGGUGAUCGUCAUCGCCCUGGUGAACGAGUAGCCACAAGCAUCUUGUAUUGCCAAGUUCCCACAGAAGGCGGCCACACCACGUUCACGCACGACGCGCUGAAGAUCGCCCCCAGUGAAGGUGACCUGUUGGUCUUUGGCUAUCUGAUCGGCCAGACCAUGGCAAGGGGGGAGGCCGAGCACAGUGCUUGCCCGGUACUUGCAGGCGGCAAGUGGAUUGCCACGCAGUGGUAUGCGGAAGAGAACGGAUAG